UUUCUUCUUGCAUGACUCUUGUUUGUGUUAAAAAAAAAAAAAAACCAAAAUAAAUUGGCUUCGUGUCAUCAGCGUUAUGAGACGCACAGAGACUUACAAGACAGCGGCACAAAUCUGAUGUUAAAACAAAAGGCUGUUUAUGACAUGAGGCGUCACGGCGCAGCCUGUUAUCCAUUUAUAAUAAUCAACGUGGAGGGUUUGGGGUUACGGUGAAGCUGUCCUGGUACUGAGUACAAACAUCUGUACGUCCAUGAAGAACGUGUCAGAGAGGAGCUCAUGUCGGCGCUGACAGCGCGCUGAUGUCGACAGCAGGGACUCGAAUUGGGUCCAUCCAUCCAUUCAUCAAUCCUAAACGUCACUUUCAGUGUGAACAAACUGCUUAAGGUAGCCGAGAAGCCACACUCACUCUGUGUGGAGCUGAACGGGAAAGUGGCAAGGAAGGGAUACUGGCACAUCACAGUGAAGCACUAGAAGUACGAGAGGCUGACCUCUGAAAAUCUCGACUUGCGGUCACACAAUGCAUGAUUUCCAUGCUGAUUCUGAAGCCCUUCCAAUGAAGCCACCUUCAGGAACAUCAACAUGACAAGCAUGACGAGUCCUGAGCAGCAGCAAAGGAUACGAACGCUGAGCCUCAGGGGCCCUCUCUCAGGUAGGAUGGUGGCAGCGGAGAUCAGCAGCAGCAGCAGCAGCAGCGCCUCACGUUCCUUUAUGCAGAGAUCCUGAAGAUGGAGUGGAGCGGCUGCUCUUCUGCAGGAGACGGACAGAAAGCUCAGAGAUGAAUAGGCAUGUCCAGUCAGCUGUCCUCGCAUUGAUUCAUCCUGACGUCCCAACCAGCUCAGCACAAACUCCCUAUGGUCAGGGCAUGGAUGCUGAGAGCCUGUGUGCUGCGAUGUGUGUGAAAAUAUCCGCUAUCGUAAUCCUGCCCGUUUCCACUAACGCAGCUGAAGCAGCAAACAAAACCAGCACUUAAACCGAGGGUGGAGCCUAAAACAAGGGAAGGGGACAAUGAAGAUUGCUGUUUUCCGUGUUCUUCAGCAGAGCUCAUAGCGAUGACAGUAAGCCCAGCUAAAGGUUUUCCAUCAUUCAUUUCCCAGGAGCAGAUGAUUGUCAUCUAAUAAACGCGCAGCCGGAACUUGCCUAUCUGAUUUAUAGUUGUCUCAGAGAGACCAGAGAGACUAAAAGACCAGGCUAUUCUCAAAAAAGUGAGUUUUAGGGGUUAAAAACAUGUCAAAUCCUGAUUUGAAGAGGCUCGAGAUUUUCUACAACCUCCUGAACAGUUGCAGUUUGGGUGCAUUUUGCAACAACUCUCUGCUGUCGUUUCACAAUUCCAACAAUGAGAGUGGGAUGGAGAGUCCGGAUGAUGGAACGCUGAGAGUGUUCAUCUCUGUGGUGUACUUCAUUGUGGCUACAGCUGGAGUGUUGAGCAACUUGCUGGUCAUGUUCCUACUUUAUUCAACUCACACCAUCACCACUGGUACCAUCAACUUCUUUGUUUUCAACCUAGCUUUGGCCGACCUGCUGUUUUCUCUUGCCUUACCCUUUUGGGCGGUGGACAUUGCUCUGGACUACAGUUGGCCUUUUGGCUUAGCCGCAUGCAAGGCUGUGUCCUUGCUAACUGGACUGAACGUCUUUGCAAGUUGCUUUUUUCUGACAGCUAUGAGUCUGACACGCUACUGCUACGUGGCAACAGCUCUCAAACCUGGAUCGUCCUUGUGCAACAGAUCUUGUACCUUCCCGGUAACCACAGCUAUCAUUUGGGUCGGGGCUCUCAUCGUGGCGGUACCCAGGGCCCGGUACGCAGACCUCAGCCGUGUGGGCAGCAGCAAUGACACAGCAUGCUUGCUCCGCUUCCCAGAAGGCACGGCUUGGCUCGGAAUAAACCAACUCCUGCGAGUGGUUCUGGGAUUUCUGCUACCGUACGCCGUCAUCAUCCUCUCCUACUUGCUCUUGCUGCGAUUCCUCUGCAGGCAUAAACUGAAAGGGAGCAGCAACACUCGGCGAAAAGCCGACAUCUCAAAAUCUGUGGCUGUGGUGGUGCUGACCUUCUGUGCCUGCUGGUUUCCCUACAAUGUCCUCACUCUCUGGAGCGUCCUGAUACAGCUUGACAUCAUUGAUAUGAGCAAAUCGUUCUACAGUGCUCAGACGUACUUCUUCCCUCUGGCCAACUGUUUAGCUUUUACCAGCAGCUGUUUCAACCCUGUCAUCUAUUGCCUGGUCAGGAAGGAAUACCGCACAGCUCUGCGUAAUGUUUUCUUCAAGUUGAGUUUGACCAUCAUGUCCAAGAUGCCCUAUGCGCUUAACUCCGAGGAGGGUUUAGGGCAAGGUCGUCAGCUUGGUAUUCCUCUCAGCAACGUCUACAGCCAGACGUGCCAAACUGACUCAAAGGGCUACACACCGCUGACAACACUUCCAGCUGGAACAUCACCACUGUAAAGUCUCAACCCGAUGUUUCCUCAGUCUUUUUCUGCGAUAGAGUUUGUAUUGUCUGUGUUCUGUGGGGACAUUAGGAGCAGAUAGUAUCUUGCCUGCAGCAGCAGUCUGAGUCAGAGCCGCACAAUUUUGAAAAGCAAGCAAUUGCAAUUAGUUUUGAGAAUGCAACAAUAUCAGCUUUGAAAAAUAUACAUUAUCCUCAAACUUCUGUUUCUCACUUGUUUUUAUGAUGAUUCCAUCAACCUGUCAGGGUUGAGCAUUUACUGUCUAUGGUUGAAGUGGCGCAGGGCAGAAAAACACAGGCAGGAAGUAAAUAGAAGUAACCUUCUUCUACUACCACACACCACACUUUACUACCCAAUAAGGUGAAAUGCAAAAUUAUACUGAAGGAAUUUCUCUGUUACCAGGAUAACCAUUAAUAGCAAUACCAACCAAUAAAAACAACGCACGUUUUUCGUAUUUUAUGUAUUCAAAGACAUGUCUUGAACUGAGACUGAUCAGCAGGUAAGAUACUAGUCAGCUCCAUAUGAACUCCAGAAAGCCUCCCUUAAAGAAAUUCAUGCUGUUCUUUUAAGACUUCUGACUGCGUGUUGUACCAACAUUUAACUUUUCCCUCUAAUGAUCAGUAGUGUCUAUAUGAGAAUGUUCAUGUUGAUGCAGGUACUUAGCUUUUGUGGUUCUGCAUACAAAUGUUUAUGUUUUGACAUUUUUCAAAGUUGCAUAUGCUAAAAUAUUACCUAAAGAGAUUGUGCCAGAGUCUUUUCUUUCCUUCUUCUUUAUUAUUUGACUGGAAAGAAUAAACAAUAUUUAGUAGUUAUUCUUGAUGACUUUUGUGGGGGAAAAAAAUCUCUCCCCUUUUGUAUUCUGCUGUUACAGCAAUGGUUUAGUUGUGCUUGUGCUUGUUUCAUUUCAGUGUAAAGUGUGAAGAUGUUGAAUUGAAAUCUAAAAA